AUGGACGAAGAAACCCUCAAGGAGGCUGUGAUGACCAAUCUUACUCUGAUUAAUGAGUAUUAUGAGUUAUUCGAGAAAAAGAACGAAGAAAAUAUCCAGGAGGUUGUGAUCAUGGGCAAUCUUUGCAUGAACAAUGUACAAGGGUUGACGGAUAUUGAGGCUUCUGUGGAUAAACCCACCACUGAUUCUCAAGGGCUGAAGGACGAAGAAACUUUCAAGGAGGCUGUGAUGGAAAAUCUUACGAUGAAUACCGAGCAACAAUCGACAAAUGAGAGUAUUGUACAUCAACCCAUUGAUGAUUCUAUUGUGUUAUUCGGGAAAAAAGUAGUGUUGAUGAAAUCACAGAAUUCUGUGGAGAAAGGUAAGCAAGUCUCGAAUUCUCUUGAAGUAUGCAAAGAAGAGAAGGUUUGGUAUCACAAUAUACCAAGGAAACCAAGGACCAAGAGAGUAGAGGUGCCUACUUCUAUGGAUUGCCCCGAAGAGUCUGAGAAGAGGAAGUUUUUUGAAGGUGAAAGUUCUGGAACAAAAGUUGUAAAGUCAAAGAGAGUAGAGGGGUUCAUGAAGCUUAUUGCAAUGGAUUGCACCACAAAUUUUGGGAAGACAGUUUCAAAGAGGAAGUUUUUUGAAGGUGAAAGUUCUGGAACAAAGAUUGUAAAGCCAAAGAAACCGAGGAAGAACAUGCCACAAACUGAUCCAAACCCAAAACCUGAUCUACCCGAUGAGAAGAGAGCAUUGGACCUGCGCAAUGGAAAGAAGUGUGGUGAAAUAUCAGCAAGCUUGGUUGGACGGUCCCUUGAAGAAAGAGAUAUAAAACUGAGGAAGUGGGACAUGAAGAUGGAGCGUAGUGGCACAAAUAAUGCAAUGUACGUUUUGACCCAAUCUUGGAAGACGUUUAGGGAGAGUAAUGGCCUGGAAGCAGGAAUGGUAGUUGUGCCGGUUUGGUCAUUUCAAGUUAAUUCAAUGCGGUGGUUUAUUCUUGUUAACAACCGAGAAGAAGGUUCGAGUGACGAAAGCAACCCAUCUUGUGAUGGUGCAAGCACUAGCAAAAGCAGUAAUAUUGCAUCUACUUCUGGCUCCAAAACCCAUUAA